GCAGCCUGCAAGGAUCAUGGUUCACAGUAUCUUGAAUUUGCAAUAUUGUGCUCUUCGAGGUGCUUCCGGUGUUUGCCAGACGUUGGGACGUUGUAUCAGAGCUUUUAAGAUGGGUAACGCUCGUGUUUUAAUUCUGUUCAUCUUGUCGCUGACCGUAAUGACGGUUACGUGUCAGUCGUACCACUUCAGUAUUCCUGACUGGACAAAUGAAAAAACAUCAAUAUUUAAGGAAAUAGUAAAUGCGAUCAACAAGUAUAUAAGCCAAUCGAAUAACGUCCUUGCUAAUUGCGAGCUACAGAAGCUGAAAUUGCUGCUUCAAGGAAAUAUUAACUACCAACUGUUUCAGGUACCUUGCGAUCUGCUUGUUUCUGGAAAAAAGAGCUUCUCUGAAAAUACAAUCACCGAUUAUUUCCAUCGACAGCCUACUCCAGUUAAUAACAAUUACUAAUUAUCAAUGUUAUUCUUGUCGUCGUAACAGAUUUUAAUUAAUUCCGGAUUAUACGUAUUAUCGAAUAAAGAGCGACUCUAACCGAGA